GACACAGGCAAGGGAAAGAUCUGACUGCUUGUAGUUAAUUGCUGGGCUAUGAAUUGUUUUAUCUUCUGUCUGGGGCGAUAUAGGGAGAAAGCUUAAUUGAAAACAUGCCGCGGGGUUUCGAUUCCUGAUUUUUAGAUGCAAAAAGAAAUUCUAAAGGAUCACGUUGCCACUCCUUCAUUUACAUGCCUUGAUAUGCCUAUUUGUUAGCUCGUUCAGCUGCUUGCAGUUGCCAUUUCUUUUUGUUAAAACUUUAUUUCUUCCGUUCGUUACAAUGACUGCGUUAGCUGGUCAAAUCGCAGAGAUAUGGAUCCUCUACGUUAUUGGCACUGCCAUGAUCGCGGCGCGCAUCUUUUGUCGCACGAAAAUGGUUGGCUAUAGGAACUACGAUUGGGACGAUUACCUCGUCAUUGCAGUCGCUGGAAUGUGGACUGCUGCACCCGUAAUUGGCCAAGUCUUCAUCCAGGGCGCUGAGGGCCGCCAUACCUCCGAUUUGACCUUCGAGGAGAGGAAGAACAUGAACGAGGAGGAUCGUAAGAAGUGGGCAUAUGGUUCGCAGAUGUUCCUGCUUGGGUUGACUGGAUAUGUGGUUAUUCUGUGGACGCUCAAGUUCAACAUGCUGUGCUUCUACAGUCGUGUUGUUCGAGGCCUUUGGACGGAGAGGUUUGUGAAGCCGUUGAUGGUCGUGGUGGUUUUGUCCGUGGCUGUCAUCAUUAUUACGCUGGCUGCGACGUGUCGACCAUUCCAUCACCUUUGGCAAGUUUGGCCAGACCCGGGACGUCAAUGCGUUCCUCAGAAUCUUACCUUCUUCGUCGUGAUAUUGGUCUUCAAUUUGGUCACGGAUAUCUGCAUCAUGCUUAUUCCAAUUCCUGUCUUGGUGGGCAUUCAAACCAAUCGCCUCAAGAAGUUCGGUCUUUUCCUCCUCUUCAGCUUAGGCUUCUUCUGCAUGUUCGCCGCCAUUCUUCGCUUCGUCCUCAUCUUCAACUUGAACCAAAAGGGCGUCUCAGCUCUAUGGUCAAUGCGCGAAGACUGCGUCGGCAUCUUCGUCGGCCAGGCCCCCAUGGUCACACCUCUCCUCAAGCGUCGCUUCUGGGUCAUGGCCGGCUACGCCACCGACAAGACCGGCAACUCCCAGACACCACACUACAACGGCAGUCGGCUGGAGAGCCAUGAACUUCGGUCUGGGCGCGCGAAUAACAGCAAAGUGCAUGACCCUUACUCAAUCACAAACGUGGUUUCUCGGUCCGAGAGCCAAGAGGAGAUCGUGCAGAAGGACCUGCCUUCUUUACCGGAGCAGCCGCGUCAGUUUCGGAGUGGUAUUAGAGUGGAUCAGCGUAUCGAUGUUGAGGCAGUUCAGGGGACGUACACGCAGCCGCGAGAUCCUCGGUGGUAGUCUGUGUUGGUUGAGUUAUUUUCUUAGAUCUAAAAAUGCAACUUAGUGGUCUCCCAUCUUGAUUGCCACAUCAUGGCUACUGAGUCAGGUAAACGGAUAUACCCGUGACUACCAUUAGUCCCCGCGAACUAAAGAGAUCGUUACCUCCGGGGAAGGACUUCCUAACGAUCCAUCUUGGACCG